AUGCCGGCAACCAACCAGGGCUGGCCCGAGUCCUUCGGGUUCCGGAUAAGCGGCUCGGGGCCGUGCUACAUCCUGUGGGUGCAGGAGGGCAGCAGCGCGGCGCUGGCGGGGCUGCGCCCGGGGGACGAAGUUCUGGAGAUCGAGGGCCAGCCCGUGUCCUCCCUGAACUGCGAGGCUCUGCUGGGGCUGGCCCGGAGCUGUCACAACGUCCCCCCGAGCAUCGGCGUGGUGUCCCGGCUGCAGCACGCCAGCAUCCCACCGGGACCGCGGGGAUGCUUCGGCUUCGAGCUGGCCAGCGAGAGCCCCCCGCGAGUGGCCAGCGUGAGCCCCGAGUCGCCCGCGGCUGCCUGCGGGCUGGAGCCGGGGGAUUACGUGCUGGAGGUGGACGGGACCCCGGUGGUGCUGCCGGAGGCGGCGGCCGAGCUGGUGGGGUCGUGCCGGGGGCGCUCCCUGCGCCUGGCGCUGCUGCGGCCGCAGCGCGGGGACACCGCCAGGGACCCCAGAGCCGGCACCGCCAGCCGGGACAGGAAGCAAAAAGCGCAGGAAUUCAGCAGGAAGGUGGAUGCCAUCCUGGGGGACCAGCCCGAGCUGAAGGAGAAGGUGUUCACUGUGCUGAAGCAGUAUGCAGCCGAGAGGAGAGUGGAGUGCCUGGCCUAUGCCCUGUGCAUGGUGCUCACCCAGGAGUCCCACCAGCACCUCAUCGACAGCAUCAGGAUUUUCAUCCCCAAGAAGCACCGGCAGCGCUUUGACGAGGUGGUGUCGCAGAGCCUCAUCAGCAAACUGUGCCGCUCCAAGAGCGAGCACAGCAAUCGCCUGCGCCGCAGCCGCAGCGAGGACCACCAGGAGCGGCUGCUCGUGUCCACCCGUGCCAGCUCCGUGCCCCGCAGCCACGAGGAGCUCAGCAAGAGCCUGCGCAAAACCACCUCGCUCAUCACCAGCAAUGUGGCCUCGGGGGCUGCCCGCAGAACUGUGCGAGUUUAUAAAGGCAACAGGAGCUUUGGCUUCACACUCCGUGGCCAUGCCCCAGUGUGGAUCGAGUCUGUCCUGCCAGGGAGCCCAGCAGAGAAGGCUGCCCUCAAAGCUGGAGACAGGAUCCUGUUCCUCAACGGCCUGGACAUGAGGAACUGCUCCCACGACAAGGUGGUGUCGAUGCUGCAGGGCAGCGGGGCCAUGCCCACCUUGGUGGUGGAAGAGGGCAUCGUCAACUUCUCCAACGACUCUGACUCUGCUGAGUCCCCGAGCAGCUCCUCAGCCCUCACCUCCCUGCAGUGGGUUGCAGAGAUUCUCCCCUCUAGCAUCAAGAUCCAAGGAAGGACGUUCACGCAGCAGCUGGAACAUCUGCUGACCCCGCCCGAGCGUUUCAGCGUCUGCAAGGCUCUGGAGGGCUUCUUCCAACAUCGGAACAUUGACACUCUCAUUGUGGAUGUGUACCCGGUGCUGGACACACCAGCCAAGCAAGUCCUCUGGCAGUUUAUCUACCAGCUGCUGACCUACGAGGAGCAGGAGCACUGCCAGCAAAAGAUUGACAGGUUUCUGGGGUACAAGGCCUUGGCAGCCGAGGCAGAGGCUGAGGAUCGGUACCGCAGCUCCGUCCGAGGAGCCUCCCUGUGCCGGGGCAGCCUCCGGACCCCCCGCCCCGAGGAGGGGGCAGCAGGCAGUGACACCGUGGAGGUCCCCGUUCGCCUGAUCCCUGGAGAGAGGCAGGCUGGUGAUGGCACGUCCCUCCCGGAGACACCCAACCCCAAAAUGAUGUCAGCAGUGUACGCAGAGCUGGAGAAUCGCCUGAUCGGGGGCUUGGCUGGCAAGAUGGGCAAUGCUGCCCUGCACAGGACAUCACCCCCAGAGCUGCCCCACGCUGCAGGUACCUCCUGGGGGCAGGUGAGGCCGGGGCUGGCGUGGCCGAGCGAGCCGCUGGUGACCCAGCCGUGCUACUACCGCCUGCACAGCAGCGUGGCCUCCCCGUGCAGCACCGAGUCCAACCCCUACGUCAGCCUGGACAGCAGCCCCGCGCCGUCGCCCAAGCACGGCCGGUACUCGCCGCUGUCGCGACGGAAGAAGCUGUUCACGUUCUCCAGGCCCCCGCGCAGCCGUGACACCGAUCGCUUCCUGGACGCGCUCAGCGAGCAGCUGGGACACCGUGUCACCAUCGGGGAUGAUUUCCUCACCCCUGAGAACGACUACGAGGAGAUGAGUUUCCAGGAUGACCAGGGCAGCUAUGUCACCAACGAUGUCAGCAGCAGCGAGUACAUCAGCAGCAGUGACGAGGGCAGCUCCCUGACCUACUCCACGCUCUCGGACCACAUCCCCCCUCCUCCCCUCAGCCCCCCACCCCCACCGCCCCCCCUGCAGUUCCACGACCCCCAGACCGGCCCUACCAAGGCAGAGGCCACCAAGGCCAGCGUGGCAGCCGCCCCCAAGUCCCUGGUGAGCCACCUGCACCCCAUCCCGCCCCCCCCGCCGCCGCCCCCGCCGCCCCCCGUGCCCUGCGCUCCCCCCCUGCACCGGGGGCUGCUGCACCGCAGGAGCGACUCCAACCACAUGAGCGUCAAGAGGCUGCGCUGGGAGCAGGUGGAGAACUCGGAGGGGACCAUCUGGGGACAGCUCGGGGAAGACUCGGAUUACGACAAGCUGAGUGACAUGGUCAAAUACCUCGACCUGGAGCUGCACUUUGGGACUCAGAAGCCCACGAAGCCAACUCUCAUGCCUGAAAACUUUAAAAAGAAAGACGUGGUUGAAAUUUUGUCCCACAAAAAGGCCUACAACACAUCCAUCCUGAUCGCACACCUGAAGCUGUCGCACAUGGAGCUGCGGCAGAUCCUGAUGACGAUGGAGACGGAUCGCCUGGAGCCGUCCCACAUCAAGCAGCUCCUGCUCUACGCCCCGGACGGGGAGGAGGUGCAGCGCUUCCAGAGCUACAAGGAGAACCCGGGCAAGCUGAGCGAGCCCGACCAGUUCGUGCUGCAGAUGCUGUCGGUACCCGAGUACAAGAUCCGCCUGCGCAGCCUGCACUUCAAGACCACCCUGCAGGAGAAGACCGAGGAGAUCAAAGCCAGCUACGAGUGCAUCUGCAAGGCCUCCCUAGAGCUGAAGAGCAGCAAGAAGCUGGCAAAGAUCCUGGAGUUCGUGCUGGCCAUGGGAAAUUACCUGAACAACGGGCAGCCCAAGACCAGCAAAACAACAGGCUUUAAAAUCAACUUCCUCACUGAGCUGAACACCACCAAGACUGUCGAUGGGAAAUCCACCUUCCUGCACAUUCUUGCCAAAUCCCUCAGCCAACACUUCCCAGAGCUCCUGGGCUUUGCCAAGGAUCUGCCGACGGUGCCGCUCGCUGCCAAAGUGAACCAGAGGACACUGACAGCCGACCUGAAGGACCUGCACAGCACGGUGAGUGACAUCCAGAAGGCGUGUCACAGCAUGCCAGCCACUGCCGAGGACAGGUUUGCCAUUGUCAUGAGCUCCUUCCUGGAGAGUGCCCAGCCUGCCAUGCGCUCCCUGGACGACCUGCAGCACAAGGCCAUGGAGGAGUUCAGCAAGGUGUUGUCCUUCUUUGGGGAAGACUCAAAAAUGACAACUUCUGAAGCCUUCUUUGGCAUUUUUGCAGAAUUCAUGAGCAAGUUUGAGCGAGCUCUCAGUGAUGUGCAGGUGGGUGAGAGCCAGCGCAGCCCCAGGAUGACCUCCCCCCUCGCCUGGUGA